UGUCCAUGUGUGAUGUGUUGCGGCUUGGAUGUGAGCGCUUUGAACCAAUAGCGUAAAUCAUAAUAUAUAUUUUUAUUUGUUUUUGCUAUCUGAAAAUAAUGAAAAGAAAGACAAACGGGUCGACGACCAUAGACCCGGAGAAAGAGAUGGAAGAAGCUGCGUACUCCCACAGUGAGGGUGAGGGUGAGGAGGAGGAGGAGGAAGACGGACCCACAGGGGCAAAGAGGAAGGUGACAGAGAGGGUCUCGGAGGACGGGGUCCUGCGUCCCCUGAAGCUGACCCGGGGCGAGCUCUACAAGCCACCCACUGCCGAGGAGCUGAACCAGCUGAAGGAGGCAGAGAGCUUGUUCCACUGCAGCUUGCUGAAGAUGCAGAUGGAAGAGCUGCUGAAGGAGGUGGCCCUGAGCGAGCGCAGGAAACGGCUGGUGGACUCCUUCGUGCUGAAGGUCACAGAGCUGCUCCACACUGUGCCACAGACCCCCGACGUGGAGCUGAGUGACCUGUCAUGGCUGACCGGGGGAGUUAAGAUGCCUUUCCUCCUGGUGCCCAAGGCUGUCAAGGGCAAGUUCCACAUGGCGCCCCCUGCUGCCAUCUCCUUGAUUGGCAGCUAUCCGCUGGGCACCUGCACCAAACCCCGGGUCUCUGUGGAUCUGGCUGUCACAAUCCCCUCUGCUAUCCUCCACCCUAAGGAUGCCCUGAACCAGAGGUACCCACGCAAGAGGGCCCUCUACCUGGCAGGGCUGGCACAGCACCUCUCGUCCUCUCCUGACAUCGGAACAAUGCGCUACUCCAGUCUCCAUGGAAACCAUCUUCGCCCACUGCUGCUGCUCACACCCCCUGAUAAAGACUCCAGCAGCGUGACUCUAAGGCUCCAUGCCUGUCCUCCCCCGGGGUUCUUCAAACCCAGCCGCUUCCACCCCCAGAGGAACAACGUCCGCACAGCCUGGUACACGGGCCUCAGCACCGAACAGCCAGACACCACUGAGCCGCCCACACCCCACUACAACAGCACGGUGCUCGGAGACCUCCUGCCCAGGGCUCACCUGCAGUUCCUGUCUGCCAUUGCCUCCCAGUGUGCUGCCUUUACAGAGGGCGUGGCCUUGCUCAAAGUGUGGCUGAGGCAGAGAGAGCUGGACCAGGGCUCUGGUUGUUUCAGUGGGUUUGUGGGCUCCAUGCUGGUGGCCUACCUUCUCUCCACUCACAGAGUCAGCAACAGUAUGACUGCCUACCAGCUGCUGAGGAACUGCCUGCACUUCCUGGCUUCCACAGACCUGACGCAGAACGGCAUCACUCUGGCAAAGGAGCCCGACUCGACCGCGCCGUCUCUCUCUGAGUUCCACAGUGCUUUCCAGGUGGUGUUCGUGGAUCCCUCCGGCCACCUCAACCUCUGUGCAGACAUGACCGCCAACACUUACAAGCAGGUCCAGCACGAGGCGGCGCUUUCCUUGCAGUUUUGGGAUGACCCCACUUUGGACGGCUUCCAGGCCCUCCUGAUGACUCCCAAACCCAUGAUCCGGACAUGUGACCACGUUUUCCAACUGUGCGGGCUGGUGAAACUGCAGGCAUCCUGCAAGAAGCUCAACCUUCUCAGCGAGCUCAUGGACCACAGUGGGAACUACGUGCUAACAGCACUCCCAUUUAUUCUGUCCCUCCUGCAACGAGGGCUGGGAGAAAGGGUCCGCCUUCUGACACACUCCCUGUCCCCUGACCCAGAGUGGCUGGUGAACAGUGAACCCCCAAAACACAAGGACCAGCCUCCUCUGUCCUUCGGUCUCCUGCUGAACCCAGAGAAUGCUGCCUCUGUGCUGGAGAGGGGUCCCCCAGCAGACAGCCCCAAGGCGGCGGAAUUCCGGCAGUUGUGGGGGUCCCGUUCGGAGCUGCGGCGCUUCCAGGACGGGGCGAUCACAGAGGCAGUGCUGUGGGCGGGCACGUCUGCCUGCCAGAAGAGGCUUGUCCCCCGUGAGAUCAUCACGCACCUGCUGCAGCUUCAUGCUGAUAUCCCAGAGUCCAGCGUGCGCUACACAGGAGGGCUGCUGGAUGAGGUCAUCAGAAUGGGACGAGAGACCUGCAGCACGGGAGAGGAGGAGAGCCUGAAAGUGGUGCAGUCCUUCGACGACCUGAGCCGCAAAUUGUGGAGGCUGGAGGGGCUGCCGCUGUCCAUCACCGCGGUGCAGGGCGCCCACCCCGCCCUUAGAUACACCCAGGUGUUUCCUCCAGUCCCCAUGAAACUGGACUACUCGUUUUUCGGGCGGGAGAAGGUGUCCCGUGCCCUGGUCCCGCAGGAGGGCAAGCCCUGCCCCAUCUACAUCACCCCUGUGAAAGUGAUCUGUCACAUGGAAGGCAGUGGGAAGUGGCCCCACGACCGCCUGGCCAUCCGCCACAUCAAGGCGGCCUUCCACAUCCGCCUGGGGGAGCUGCUGACCAAGCAGCAUCGCUACACCUGCCACGCCGCACCCACACACCUGGACGUCUGCAAGGAUGGGCUGGUGUUCCGGGUCCAGGUGGCCUAUCACCGAGAGCCCCAGAUCCUGAGGGAGGACAUCAGCGCUGAGGGGAUGCUGCGUUACCGCGACAACGAGGUGGCCCAGGCGCUGGAGAUGGAGACCCUGCACAGGCCCUACCUCACCAGCACGCUGCACGGGCUCCAGCAGCAGCACUCGUCGUUUGGGGCCGUGUGCCGUCUGGCCAAGCGGUGGCUGGGGGCCCAGCUCUUCAGUGGGGACGUCAGCGAGGACGUUGCCGACCUGCUGGUGGCCUCGUUGUUCCUGCAGCCAGCUCCUUUUACUCCUCCAGGUUCUCCCCAGGUGGGCCUGCUGCGCUUCCUCCACCUGCUCUCCACCUUCGACUGGAAAAACAGCCCCCUGGUGGUCAACCUCAACGGGCAGCUCACAGCCGCUGAUUACGCCGAGAUCAGAAACGAUUUCAUUGCGUCCCGGGAAGUGCUGCCCGUCAUGUUUAUUGCCACGCCCAAGGAUAAGAAGCUCUCCAUCUGGACUAAGGGUGGCCCAUCUGUGCAGAUGCUACAACGUCUCAUAGUGGUGGCAGCAGAGAGCCUGCGUGUGCUGGAGGAGCAGCUGAUGGACCCCAGCCAGACGCAGGACGUCCGGGUGGCCCUGCGCCCUCCUCUGGACGCGUACGACGUCCUGAUCCACCUCAAUCCCAAGCAGGUGCCGCUCUUGACGCAGGCAGUGGACCCGCCCCACGCCACCUUCAGCCGGGGCACCAUGCCGGGGUCUGUGCCCAGCUGCGGCGGGGCCCUCCCCGUCAUCGACUUCAACCCGGUCGGCCGGUACCUGGCCGAGCUCAGAGAUGCUUUUGGAGACUUGGCCCUGUUUUUCUGCGAUCCUUAUGGUGGAACAGUGAUAGCAGUGCUCUGGAAACCACAAGCCUUCACCCCACAGCCUUUCAAGACUUCGCAGAUGAGCGCCCGACGAGUGGAGGUGACGGGAGAGGAGGCCCUCACCGUCCCCAAUGUGGAAGCCAUUUUGGAGGACUUCCGUAUCAUGGGGGAGGGGCUUGUGAAAAAGGUGGAGCCAAGGACAGAGAGGUGGGUGGUGUAAGGCCACACCCCUGGCCUCACCGCACCCUCUUCCUGAGAAAACUGAGGCGGCUGCAAGCAAUUUGGCAAUGCUUUUAUAUCUUGUGUCAUUAUUUCCACAAUUUAAAGUGUCUUCGUGUGUGAAAUAAACAAAAAAACUCGACAGUUCCAUACUGUACAAUGGCAGAUCAGUGCUGUUCAUAGUAAUAAAAUAACAACCCAAAAUGCACCAUGCCAGGAUGUCCCAGAUUGACUUGUUGCAUGUUCGUCAUAAUGCUGGAUAAAUGCUAAAA